GGAGGAGGAAGAAAAGCAUCUUCAGUCUGAGCACUGCGUUCGUGACUUGAAGACUGCCUUGGAUGAUAAAGAAAGAGAAGCAAUAACUUCUUCCCCAAAACUGCAGGACCUCCUGUUGCCAUCUUCCGAGACUAAUACCACUCUAAAACAACUGGAAGAACACGUGCAACAGUAAGAGAGUAACCCAGUGAAGCGAGGUGUCUGUCGCUUUGGGGGAUUGGGUGGAAACAACGGGACAGUCAGUUGGAUUUUGAAGGACACUUCUGCUGUGGAUUCUGUUACUUAGCACAGUUUGUCUGGAACUGGAUUUUCUGGUAAUAAGACCCAUAUUUGUUUUUAAGCCUUGAAAUUCAAAAGACCCGAGUGGAAGCCACUGUCCAGCAACAAAGCCAUAGGAUUGAAGCCCUUCAGAGAGACCUGCAAGCCUCUGCCUCAGUUGGUGAACUUUCCCAGCAGCUGGACAUGGAGCCUAAAACAGGCAUGCAGCUAGAGGACCAAAACCAGACUUUGCAAGAAGAGCUGUCCACUCUGCGUGGGAAGUAUGAAAAACUGGAGAAGAGCAAAUGCCAGCUGCAAGAAGAAGUGACAAAAGUCCAUCAUCAUUUGGAGACUUUCGUGCUGGAUGGCAGCCAAACAGCACAAUGUAAAAGAGAGGCGGAAGAACGAGCUGACCAGGAAAUAAGUCAAAAGCCACAAGACGUCAGUCUCGUUCUGCAAGCACAGGCAGCCUCCCAGGCUCGAUUAGAACAAAACGGAGACAGUCAUUGCGAUUCAGUGAGAAUCCAGUUAGAAGAAAGAAUUAGAGAUCUCGAAAGUGAACUGGACAGGGUAAAAAAAACCCAACAGGAGAGUGCUUCUCGUAAAGAAGCAACGCGGGGAGAAAUGGAAAUGUACAAAGACCUGUACCUGGAGGAAUUGAAAACUAGAAGAUGCCUAGACAAGAAACUGGAAAGGUUGGAAAAGCUUCUGAGGGUAGAUAGGAGGAAACUCAGGGCUAAUGAAGAGAAAGAAACCCAGUCCCAGUUGGAAGAAAUGAAGAACAGAUAUUCUGAAAAGGUCAAGGAAGUGGAUAGAUUACGAACAGAGGUUGCUGAACUUUCCCAGCAGCUGGACGGGGAAAGUAAAAAGUGCACGCAGCUGGAAGCCAAAAAUCAGGAUUUGCAACAAGAGCUGUCUACCCUGCGUGGGAAGUGCGAAAACCUGGAGAUGGACAAAUGCCAGCUGCAAGAAGAGCUGGCAAAAGUCCAGCACCAUUUGGAGACUAACAUGGUGAAUCGCACCCAACUAGAACAAUGUAAAAGAGAGGCGGAAGAACGAGCAGACCACGAAAUCAGACAAAAACUCCGAGAAGUCAAUGAGUUUUUGCAAGCACAGGCAGCCUCCCAGGACAGAUUAGAACAAAUCAGAACCAGUCAUUUAGACUCACUGAAAAAACAGUUAGAAGACAGAAUUAGAGAUCUUGAAGGUGCACUGCAAAGGAUAAAAAGCGACCAACCAGAAAGACCUUUUCAGAAAGAAUCCACCCAGGCAGAAGUGGAAAUGUACAAAGAGCUCUAUCUGGUGGAAGCAAAAACCAGAAAAAGCCUAGCCAAGAAACUGGAAAGAGCUGAUGAGAGACUUGCAGAGGCCGACAUCGAGCUCUUUUGGGAGCGCCAUAGAAGCAAAUCUGCAGUCACAAGCAGAGCUGUCAGCAUACAUCUGGCUGCAAGUCCACUUCUGGAUCCAGCUGGCCUGGGAUGUCUUGGCAACAGUUUGGGACUGAACAGAAGUCUGGGUCUCAGAACACCACCCAGACAUCUGUGGUAAAGCCAAAGAUUUUAG